AUGGCCGAGGCGAGCGCGGUGGCCGUGUGCGUGCGGGUCCGGCCGCUCAACAGCAGAGAAGAAGCGCUCGGAGAAGAGACCCAGGUUUACUGGAAAACUGGCAAUAAUGCUAUUUACCAGGUUGACGGGAGUAAAUCGUUCAGCUUUGAUCGCGUGUUUGGGAGUGAGGAGAGCACGAAGAACGUGUAUGAGGAGAUCGCGGUGCCCAUCAUCGACUCGGCCAUCCAGGGCUACAAUGGGACCAUAUUUGCCUACGGGCAGACUGCGUCCGGGAAGACCUACACCAUGAUGGGCUCCAAGGACCACCUGGGCGUCAUUCCCAGGGCCAUCCACGACAUCUUCCAGAAAAUCCAGAAGUUCCCGGACAGGGAGUUCCUCCUGCGCGUGUCGUACAUGGAGAUCUACAACGAGACCAUCACGGACCUGCUCUGCGACACGCAGAAGGUGAAGCCGCUCAUCAUCCGGGAGGACUACAACAGGAACGUGUACGUGUCGGACCUCACGGAGGAAGUGGUCUACACGUCGGACAUGGCCCUGAAGUGGAUCACCAAGGGGGAGAAGAACCGGCACUACGGCAUCACCAAGAUGAACCAGAGGAGCAGCCGCUCGCACACCAUCUUCAGGAUGAUCCUGGAGAGCCGGGAGAAGGACGCCUCGAGCUGCGAGGGCGCCGUGAAGGUGUCCCACCUGAACCUGGUGGACCUGGCGGGCAGCGAGCGGGCCGCCCAGACGGGCGCCGAAGGGCUGCGGCUGAAGGAAGGCUGCAACAUCAACCGCAGCCUCUUCAUUCUGGGCCAGGUCAUCAAGAAGCUCAGCGACGAGCAGGCAGGCGGCUUCAUCAACUACCGGGACAGCAAGCUGACGCGCAUCCUGCAGAACUCGCUGGGGGGCAACGCCAAGACGCGGAUCAUCUGCACCAUCACGCCCGUGUCCUUCGACGAGACCCUCAGCACUCUGCAGUUUGCCAGCACGGCCAAGCACAUGAAAAACACCCCCUACGUGAACGAGGUGUCCAGCGACGAGGCCCUCCUGAAGCGGUACCGGAAGGAGAUCAUGGACCUCAAGAAGCAGCUGGAGGAGGUGUCCCUAGAGACUCGGGCGCAGGCCAUGGAGAAAGACCAGCUGGCCCAACUCUUGGAGGAGAAGGACUUGCUCCAGAAAGUGCAGAUCGAGAAAAUCCAGAACCUCACCCGCAUGCUGGUGACCUCCUCCUCCCUCACGUCCCAGCAGGAGCUGAAGGCUAAAAAGAAGCGGAGAGUCACCUGGUGCGUGGGCAAGAUCAACAAGGUGGAGAAAGCCAAGUUCGGGGACGGGUUUUCCCUGCCGGCGAGCGUGACCACGAAGACGAACCGCUCUGCCCUCGGCUCUGUGGGAGAGAUGGACGAGUCUCUCUAUUCCGACGCCGACCCCCUCAGCAGCACGCUGGACACGCUGGCCGAGAUAGAGUGGAACCCGGCCACCAAGCUCCUGGCCUCGGAUAACUGGGAGAGCGAGCUGGGGUCGCUCCGUGCAGAGUAUGAUAACCUGGUGCUGGACUACGAGCAGCUGCGCAGGGAGAACAAGGAGCUGGAGACGAAGCUGAAAGAGAAGAACGACCUCGAGGAAUUCGAGGCUCUCGAAAGGAAAGCCGGGAAAGAUCAAGAGAUGCAACUAAUUCAUGAAAUUUCCAACCUAAAGAAUCUAGUUAAGCAUUCAGAAGCGUAUAACCAAGACCUGGAGAAUGAACUCCGAGAGAAGGCAGAGCAGCUGCGGGAGAAGGAAGACCAGAUCCAGCAGCUGCAGGAGAGCCUGGACCGGCAGAAGCCCCAGAGCCCCGCGCCGGACCUGUCCUACUCCGCGGAGCCCGCCGCGGACACACAACAGCUGCGGCAGAGCCUGCUGGAUGCCGAGGCCGUGGCGCUGGACGCCAGGAGGGAGUCGGCCUUCCUGCGGGGCGAGAACCGGGAGCUGUGCGAGAGGCUGAGGGAGCUGGAGGGCCGGUGCGGGCAGCUGGAGAGUGACCUGCAGGGCUCCCGGCGGCAGCUGGAGGCCAGGAGGAAGGUGCAGGCCGACCUGGAGAAGGAGCUGCAGUCCUCGUUCUCGGAGAUCGCCAGGCUCACCGCCGCCCUGGGCGGCCAGGGGCCCGGAGACGCGCUCCCGGCCGAGGACCUGGAAAGGAAGAUCCGGGCGCUGCAGGCGGAGCUGCAGGGGGCGGCGGGGGAGAAGGAGGCCCUGCUCGCCGCGCUCGGCACUCUGCCCUCGGAAGUGGAGACGCUGAGGAAGGAGGUCCUUGAGAAGUCCGAGGAGCUGUCCCUGCUGGCCGCGGAGAAGGACCGGCUGCUUUCCGAGCUCGCGGGGCGGGAGGGCAGCGCCCGUGGGGCCGAGGACGAGCCCCGGGCGCCCCCGGAGGACCAGGCCGUGGUGGGCGAGCAGCUCGCUGCCCUCAGGCUCAGCCUGGCCACCCUGGAGGCGGAGCUGUCCCAGAAGACCCAGGAGCUCCGGCAGCGGGAGGCCGAGAGCCAGCAGCAGCGGGACGCCCACGAGGCUCGGCUGCGGGCUGCGGAGCAGGACCGGGUGCGGGUGGCCGAGCAGCUGGAACAGGCCCUGGUGGACGUGAGGGCCUUGACCCAGGAGAAGGACGCCCUCCGGGAGGCGCAGGCCAGCCUGCAGGCGGAGUGCGGCCAGCUGCAGUGCGACAUCAGGGACACGGUGAACAUGAACAUCGACACGCAGGAGCAGCUGCGGGACGCACAGGAGGCCCUGAGGCAGAAGGAGGAAGCCAUCAGCUCCCUGAGGAGGAGGCUUGCGGCGCAGGGCGCCCAGGAGGACUGCCCAGAGCAGGGGCCCGGCGGGGACGGGCAGCCGGCGGAGGCCGAGGAGUCGCAGAGGAAGAUUGUGUCUCUGGCCCGGGAGAGGGAGGAGCUGCAGCAGGAGCUGGAGCACGCGAGGGCGGAGAGGGAGCAGCUGAGGCGCGACCUGCAGGAGAGCAUCGAGACGGCCGUCGAGAACCAGGAGGAGCUGAGGCGGCUCGGGGAGGAGCUGAGGCGGCAGCGGGAGGAGGCACAGGGCCGCGCCCUGGACAGAGACGCGGCGGCCAGCGCCGAGGAGCGGCUGCAGGAGCUGGACCGGCAGCUGGCAUGCGCCCGGGAGGAGCUGGGCGGCCGGGCGCAGAGGCUGGAGCGGGAGCUGGAGCGCGCGGAAGCGGAGAAGCAGGAGCUGGCCCGGAGGCUGCAGGAGCUGGAACCCGCCCCCCGGGACGGCGGCAGUCCGCGGGCCGAAUGUUCCGGAACUCCGGAGCCCCUCGCAGAGAGCUCCCAGGAGGCCUCAGGCGCCCGGGAGGUGCCGGGGGAAGGAGCAGCCCAGGACGGGGCCCCCCGGAGUCCGGCUGCACUGGUGCCGGCGAGCGCAGAGUGGGAUGUCCAGGCCUGUCGCCGGGAAAUAGAGUCGCUCACGGAGGAACGAGACCAGCUCAGGGCCAGGCUGCAGGAGGAGCUGAGCCAGAGGGCGGCGCCGGACGAGCCCGAGCAGCCGUCCGGCGAGUCGGGGGAGGACGGCCAGGAGGCGGUGGUGGAGACGCAGCCCCGGGCAGGCGGGGACGAGCCGGUGCUGCCGCAGGCCGAGGACCCCCAGGGGCUGGCGGAGCGCCUGAGAGAAGCCCUCGCCAAGCUCCAGGAGGCCGAGGAGCAGCUGGCGGCGGCCCGCGGUGACCUGUGCGCCCGGGAGGGCACCGUGGAGGAGCUGCGCGCGGCUCUGGGUGGCCAGGAGGCCCAGGCGUCCCGCCUGCAGCAGGAGCUGGACACGGCCAGGGCCGACUUGGAGAGACGGAUGCAGGAGCCUGAGGAGGACCGGGAGCCACGUGGCGGGGGAGCAGGGGAGCCCGGGGGGCCGGCGGAGGCCCGGGACGCGGCCCUGCAGAGCGCGGGCCAGGAGCCGCGGGAGGACAGCCGGGCGGAGGGCGACGCCGGCAGGCAGGAGCGGGCGGCCCUGGCGGCGGAGAGGGACCAGCUGGCCGCCAGCCUGAGGGCCGCGGAGGCCGAGCUGUGCCGGGAGCGCGAGGCGGCCCUGGAGGAUGCGCGGCUGGUCAGGCGGCAGCUGGAGGCCCGGGAGGUGGCCCUGGCCGGGGCAGAGGCCGAGAAGGCGGCGUUGGCGCAGCAGCUGCAGGACCGGCUGGAGGAGGCGGCCAGAGAGAGGGACGGGCUGAGCGCCAGCCUCCAGGAAGCCGCCGCCCGUGCCCAGGAGCGGCAGGAGGAGCUGGACGCGGCCCGCGGGUGCCUGCAGGAGCAGCAGGACGCGGUGCAGACCCUCCGCGGGUGCCUGCAGGAGCAGCAGGACACGGUGCAGACCCUCCAGGGGCGCCUGCAGGAGCAGCAGGACGCGGUGCAGACCCUCCGCGGGUGCCUGCAGGAGCAGCAGGACGCGGUGCAGACCCUCCGCGGGCGCCUGACGGAGGGUGAGGAGGCGCUGGCCGAUGCGCAGGGCCAGCUGGAGACCACCCGCGCCGAGCUGCACACACAGGGCCUGGAGCUCCAGGAGAAGGAGCAGCGGCUGGGCGAGAGCCAGGCCCGGGCGGAGCAGCUGGAGGCGCAGCUGCGGGGGGCGCGGGAGGAGGUGGGCCGCGAGCGCGCCCAGAGAGACGCCGAGUGCCAGCGGCUGGAGGAGCAGCUCAGGGCGGCUGGGGCCCAGGCCCGGGAGCGGCAGGAGGAGCUGGACGCGGUCCGCGGGCGCCUGCAGGAGCAGCAGGACACGGUGCAGACCCUCCGCGGGCGCCUGGCGGAGGGCGAGGAGGCACUGGCCGGCGCGCGGGCCCAGCUGGAGACCGCCCGCGCCGAGCUGCAGGGGAAGACGCAGGAGCUGCACCAGCUGUGGGAGGACCUGGGCCGGGCGGAGGCGCAGCGGGCGGAAGCGCGGCGGCUGCGGGAGCGGCUGGACGCCCAGGGCCUGGCUCUGGACAGGCUGGAGCAGGAGAACCUGACCCUGGCGCAGCAGCUGCACGGCAGCCAGCAGGAGGCGCGCGCCCUGGCCGCCGAGAGGGACGCCCUGCAGGACGGGCUCCAGGCGGCCACCGCCAGGCACCUGGAGGCCCAGCAGGAGCUGGAGGCGGCGCACACGCGUCUGCAGGAGCAGCGGGAGACGGUCCGGCAGCUCAGGGAGAGCAUCUCGGAAAGGAGCACCCGCGCCCCCUGCGCCCCGGAGCACCUGACACGGCCAGAGGAGGAGCUGCAGAGGAAGGACCCCCCGGACCACGGCGAGGGGACCGCCAGGGGUGACGCGGAGCAGCCGCUGACAGAGAGCCUCCGAGAAAAGUGCUCCCGCAUCAGAGAGCUGCUGAAGAAGUACGCGGAGAUGAGCGGCCACUACGAGUGCCUGGACGGGCUCGCCGAGGACCUGGAGAGGGACAUCGGGACCCAGAAGGAGCUGUCCGCCCGCGUGAAGGCCCAGCUGCCGCUGCCCCACGCGCAGGCCAAGCAGGUGGACAAGGAGCUGACCGGCAGCCUGCGUGGCUCCAUGGAGCUGCUGCGCGUCAUGAAGAAGCUGAAGUACGUGCUCAGCCACGUUGCGAAGACCAAGGAGGAGCAGCACGAGGCGGUCAGCAGGCUGGAGGCGGCCGCCGCCGAGGAGGCCGAGAGGCAGGACGAGCUGCUGCGGCGGAUCCGGCACCUGCAGCCGGACUACAAGGCGCCCGGGGGCCCGUGGGGCCCGCAGCUGGCCCGGAGCAUGGACCUGCACCUCGAGGAGCUCGUCCUCGACCUCUCGGCGAGCGACUUCCAGGCGGUGCGGGCCGAGCUCGAGGGCCUGGUGCAGAACAGGAAGGACACGCUGCGGCUGCUGCAGGGCUGGCCCGGCGCCCGCCCCGACCCCGAGGCGCUCAGGGCCGGCCUCCAGGAGGCCAGCCUCCGCCUCCGCGCCGGCAACAACCUGUACAACCGCAGGACCCUCACGAUCCUGAACGAGUCCACGGAGUUCGAGGAGAGGAAGGCCGCCCUCGCCGGCCAGUGGGAGCGCGACCUCAGGGCCAUGAGGGAGAGGACAGAGGCGCUGGCCCGAGACCACCAGGCCCUGCUGCGCGCCCAGCCCCCGGCCCAGCCCGAGGGACAGCCGGAGGGGCAGCCGCCCCCGCCCGCCACGGCCGCGCCGCCCGGCUCAGAGGUGCGGGAGCUGGAGUCGCGGCUGCGGGAGGCCGGGCAGUGCGUCCGGCAGAAGGACAGCCACGCCGCCCGGCUGCAGGCGGAGCUGGAGGCCGCCCGGGGAUCAGUGGCCACGCUGCAGGGCCAGGUCAGCCAGCUGCAGGGCGCGCUGGAGAAAGCCCAGGGGACCGUCCAGGCGCUGCAGGACAGAGUGGCCUUAGGGGCACAGCCCUACAAGGAGGAGAUCGAAGAGCUGAAGACGAAGCUGGUGCGGAGAGACCUGGAGAUGCUGACGGACAACAAGGAGCUCAAGAAGGAACUGACCUCGUCCAGGGCGGCUGUGGAGCACCAGAAGGAGCUGAUCAGGGUGCUGAGGGAGAGUCUGCGGAGGGCCCAGCAGGCCCACGACACGUCCAUGGCGCCGGAGCCCGCUGAGGCGCCGCGCCCGAGCCCGCCCCUGACGUGCGGGGGCGGCAGCGGCAUCGUGCAGAGCACCAAGGCCCUGAUCCUGAAGGGCGAGUACGCGCGGCUGGAGAAGGAGAACUGGCAGCUGAAGCGGCAGAACGAGCAGCUGGCCAAGCAGAGGAGCGAGCUGGCGAGCAGUAACCAGCAGCUGUGCUGCGAGGUGCGCGCCUGGAAGGAGCGGAGCCUGCGCCCGCGCCCGCAGCCCCCCGCGGACCCGCCCGCGCCCUCGCCGUCGCCCACGCGCGCCCGGGAGCGCCACGCGGGGCCGGGCUCGCCGGGCUUCCCCGACGGCCGCUGCCGCUCGCUGCCCGCGCGCUACUUCGACAACUCGGGGCUCGGCCUGCCCGGCCCGCCCGACACCCAGGACGCGGACGGCGGCGCGCAGCCGGCCUGGCUGGCCGAGACCAGCGUGGACGUGCCCGAGUGCAAGACGCAGUAG